AUGUCUGAAGUAAUUGUUAAUUUAUUACCAACUGAAUUUCCAAUCAAAUUUUUUACUUCAAUUUCUUUAGUAUGUGGAGUUGUAAUAUUAGCUAAAUUAAAUAAAACAAUUAAUUCAAUCUUAGUAUUUUGUUGGGCAUGUUUUGUAAAACCUUUAAUUCAAAAAAAAUCAAAAAAUUCAAAUAAUAAAAAUCAACAACAAAAUUUAGAAUUAUUUUAUAAAAAUCAAGCUCAUAUUUAUGAUACAACAAGAGAAAUUCUAUUAAAAGGAAGAAAAGAAACUUUAAGAUUAGCUAUAUCUCAUUUACAAAAGAAAAAAGAUAUAGUAUGGAUUGAUAUUGGAGGAGGUACAGGUUCAAAUAUUGAAUUUAUGAAUAAAAUUACUUCAAUUUCAAAAAAUUUUAAAGCUGUUUAUUUAGUUGAUCUUUCACCUUCAUUAUGUGAAGUUGCAAGAAAUAGAUUUGAAUUAAAUCAAUGGAAAAAUGUUCAUGUAUUAGUUGCUGAUGCUUGUGAUUUUCAAAUAGAUUAUAAAUCUGCUGAUUUAAUUACUUUUAGUUAUUCAUUAUCAAUGAUUCCAACUUUUAAUGCAGCAAUUGAUAAUGCAGUUUCAAAAUUAGAUAAACAAGGUAUUAUUGCAACUGUUGAUUUUGGUAUUCAAAGUAAUGAUACUUCAAUGGGUAGAAUUAAUACAUUAGGUGGAUUAGUUAAUAGAAAUAUUCCUUGGAUUUUAAGAAAUUUUUGGAGAAUUUGGUUUGAAGCUGAUAAAGUAUUUUUAGAUUCUUCAAGAAGAAAUUAUUUAGAAUAUAAAUUUGGUACAAUAAAAUCAAUAAAUUCAUAUAAUAAAACUUUAGGUAAAAUUCCUUAUUAUAUUUGGAUUGGUUGUGAUAAAUCAAAAUCUUCACAAAUUUUAAAUAGAUUAAAUUGUUUAGCUACUGAAUCCCCAUAUUUAGCUCCUGCUUCUGCAUCAUUAAAAUUCCCAAUUUCAAAAGGUCAUGAAGCUGCUUUAGCAAAUUUACAAAAAAAUUUACCUUUCCCAUCAAUUUAUUAUCAAAAAGAAGUUUGGAGAGUUUAUUAUGAUGAAUUAAAUCCUUUAUAUGAACAAUUUAAAAAUCAAUAUAUUUAUGCUUUUACUUGGGAAGAUCCAAGAGAAGAUCAUAAUAUUUUAAAUUUUUCAUCAAAUGAUACUGUUUUAGCUAUAACUUCUGCAGGUGAUAAUAUUUUAAGUUAUGCAACUUUACCUGAUCCCCCAAAAAGAAUUCAUGCAGUUGAUUUAAAUCCUUGUCAAAAUCAUUUAUUAGAAUUAAAAUUAGCAUGUUUUAGAGUUUUGAAUCAAGAACAAAUUUGGAAAAUGUUUGGUGAAGGUCAUAUUGCAAAUUUUAGAGAUUUAUUAGUUGAUAAAUUAGCUCCUCAUAUGUCUUCAAAUGCUUUUCAAUAUUGGAUGGAUAAAGGUCCAAAUGCUUUUACUGGAAAAGGUCUUUAUGAUACUGGAUCAACUAGAUGGGCUUUAAGAUUAGGUAGAAUAAUAUUUAAAGUAUGUGGUAUAUCAAAAUAUGUACGUGAAAUGUGUACAUCAACUACCAUUGAAGAACAAAAAAGAGUUUGGAAUAAUCAUGUUAAACCAGCUAUGUUUAAUCCAAUUGUUGGUUCAUUAUUAGUUGGUAAUCCAAUUUUUCUUUGGAAAGCUUUAGGAGUUCCAGCAAAUCAAGCAAAUUUAAUGGGUCCAUCAAUUAUAAAAUAUGUUAUUGAUACUUUAGAUCCAUUAAUUUCAAGAUCAUUAAUUUCAGAUGAUAAUUAUUUUUAUUAUUUAUGUUUAAUGGGUACUUAUACAAGAACUAAUUGUCCUGAUUAUUUAACUACAAAAGGUUAUAAAAGAUUAACUGGUCAAAAAUCAAUAAAUGGUGAUGUACCAUUAGAUAAUAUUAGAUUACAUACAGAUUUAUUAAAUGAUGUAUUUGCAAGAUUAAGUACAAAAUCAAUUACAAUUGCAAUAAUAAUGGAUCAUAUGGAUUGGUUUGAUCCAAAUGGAGUUGAUGCAAUAAAUGAAAUUACUGCUAUAAAACAAUGUUUAGUAAAAGGUGGUAGAGUUAUGUUUAGAUCAGCUGCAACUCAUCCUUGGUAUGUUAAAACUUUUGAAAGUUUAGGUUUUAAAUGUGAACCUGCAGCAAUUAGAAAAAAUGGUCAUAGUAUUGAUAGAGUUAAUAUGUAUGCUUCAACUUGGGUUUGUACAAGAUUAGAUGGUGAUGAUGAAAUUGAAGAUGAAAUUAUUAUUAAUGAAAAUGAUAUUGGAAAAUUAGAUGCUGGUCGUCGUAGAAUGAGUAGCUUGAAGAUUUAA